AAAAUAAAAUGGAAUGGUAAAUAAUCAAUGGAUCUAAAAUUUUGUACCUGUAGAAGAAACAAAAUUGCAGACACUGUCAGGCUCUGAAUCCGAUUCACUGAGUCUUCAUUCGUACUCUCUCACCAUCAAUUUCAAUCUCUCUCCUUUUUCUCUUAUCAUCUCGAUCACUUUUCUUCUAUUGUGAGAAAUGGACAAGGUUGUGGAAGAGGUUGAAAAAGUAAAGAAGGAAUGGGACGAAGCUUACACCAAAACACAAGAUCACAUUAAAUCAAUUCAAGAGUACGGUAAAUCAGGAAGAUCCAAAGAGGAUCAAAACAAUUCACUUGCUAGAUUGAAUGGUAUUGCUCAGGAUGGUUUAGCGCUUCUUUCUUCUCUGCAUUUCAACCUCGAUCUUCACGCUCCACAAUUGCCUACUCAACAAGAGGUUGAUUCUGCUCGUGAAUUGCUUCAAUUAUGGAAAACCCUAACUCAAAAUUUGCGUAUGAGUUUGAGGAAUGCUAAUCUACAAGCCAAGGCUAAUUUAAGGAAAGCUGCUCAGGAGGAGAGAGAACUACUUCUAGGCGGUGGAGAAGAGUCCACAGUCCGCAGACGCAAUUUGCAGACAAAAGCUGGAAUGACCUCUGCAGCAGAGAGCAUCACAGAAAGCCUACGCCGUACUCGCCAAUUGAUGGUUCAGGAAGUUGAAAGAAACACAAGCACACUUAUGACUCUUGAUGAAUCAACAGGAGUUUUAACAAAGGCUGAAGGUGAAUAUAAAGGGCACCGCUCAUUGUUGAUGAGAACUAGAAAUCUUCUCUCCACAAUGCAACGUCAAGAUAUCAUAGACAGGGUGAUACUUGGGGUUGGCUUUCUAUUGUUCUCCCUUGCCGUUCUUUACGUUGUUUCCAAGCGUAUUGGAAUACUUACCUUACAGCGAAAGGUUACUGGGGCCAUAAAAGCUGGGAUGAUGGGGCAUGCAGAGCUAAGACCACAAGCUGUUGCAGAGGACAUGAAUCUUCAUCAAAUCAGAGUUGAUCAUGUUCAUAAUAUACGUGCCCCUCCUUUAGAACAACAAAUACGUGAUGAACUUUGAUGUAUUUCCUAGAAACGGUGUCGUUUUGAAAGUGUUUAUACAUUAAGAGAUAUAACAUUCACACACAACUUUAGCAUCCUUCUAGCUAUUUAAAAUGAAAGAAUAUUUAUCAUCUUCAGAGUUGUAAAGCCAUGCGUGUGGAACCUUUUAAAUUAGAAGGUAAUUUAGAGGACUAUUAAGCUGUUUUAUGAGAUCGACAUUGGAUCCUUUUA